AUGGCCAAUCCUCAGCUUGGCCAUCAUCAAGAUAACGAAGAGGAGCUAGAAUGUCUACGCCAAAGUCAGUCACAGAGAGCACAGCCACUCUCAAGGCGCUACCUCUGGUCUGAGACAGACAAAGUAGAGACCAGUGACUCGAGAGUUGCUGCGCCCGUGGCUGACUCGGACAAUCAUCGAAAAAUACAGCACAGGCCUCGCAAAGCAUACGUGAGAGACGACAUGAGCAUCUGUAGGUUGCCAGAGCAGGCAGUGAACUCAAAGUAUGAUAUUCCUCCCAGGCAUUGCCGAGAAAGAUCUCCUGCGCCGGUACCACCAAGCAAAUGUGCCAACGAUAGUCCAUCAAUGGCCCCAAAGCCCCUUGCAAAAGACACAGCCGAAAGCGAUUCCCUUCCAAACCCACCCUCUGGGAGCGAGUCAACGAUGAUGCAGCAACCAGAGACUCGACCUAUCAGCCAGGAGCAGCUCGUCGCUGAGGUCAAAGGUAUUUAUGCCGGCCUUGUUAUGGUCGAAACAAAAUGUAUCGAAGUCGAAAAGGCUGCAUCUGCCAUCUCAGACUUUGAGCGCGCAUGGGAGCAGGCGUUCUUUGAGCUUCACAGUAUUCGAUAUGCCGAGUCAUUGGAUGAUUUCAUCGAUUAUUUGAACACCUCUUCUGUCGAGACAUCACAGUAUCACGACCUUGAAGCGCUCCUUUCCGAAGUGUCUUUACGCUCACGGAGUUUCUGCCGCCUUAACAGUCGAUUGCUGCCACUUUUGCAAGCUAGAAAGGGUACGCCUUCAAGUGUACGGUUUGUCGAGUUUAUGACGUUAACUAAAGCUCUCUCCGACAUACUCAGCAAAUACAGUUCGCUGCUAGAUUUCACAGACACAAUUCUUUCAGGGCUGUUUGAUUUGAUUACGUCGAUUAUCAGAAGGUUGAAUUUGAGAUUCAGAUCCGCCUAUGAGGAACUGUAUUGCAGGAACCGCCCAACUCAGAUAAUAUUUGAGUUUCCCAAUAAUAUGCGGCACGUCUGUACGACGAUGCCCUGGACUAUUUUGCCUGCAUUGCUGGUACUAUGGGGUGUUUGCUGGAUGUUCAUCAUCGGUCCUGGUGAUCUUGAGCCCGAGAAGUUCAAAGCUCCUGCCCCGACGUUCUCGCCAGCUCCAGCUGCCUAUGACUUCCUUGAGAAUUCUGGCGCAGCUUACUACGAACUUGGCCUACCGAGCGUUCUUAUGCCUGAACCUAGUAGUACAGGCUUUGAUCAGCACCCUACUAUCGACAGCCUCCUAUUCACUGAUGAUGGCGCCGGCAUUGAUCCGAUUUACUUAGUCCAACAUGCUCCUCAAGAUCCAGAAUUCUGGUCGUUCGACGUCUUACCGAGGAACAGUGCAGGCAUCGUGGAAACGUCCGCGAAGGAAGACCUCACUAGAGAGCUACCAGCUGCUGUCACCCCAGAUCCAAUACUACAGACCUACGGAGACGCGAACCGCCAAGAUCCAUUCAACCAAAUGGUUAAUAUUGCAUUGGUUGGUCAGGUUGUUCAAAAUACUAGUGACCAGAAGAGCAUAUCUUACUUUGCAUGCCCGAAAUGCCAGCAGAGAUUUGCAAAUUCCUUUACCCUCAACCGACAUCAGACAGAAGCGCACAAGGAUGCAGCAUCCAGCCCUGAAGAGUCGUUUCCAUGCCCGAACAGAGGCUGCAAGAGGUCCGCAAAAGGGUCUCCCUUCAAACGUCUUUACAACCUGAAUAGACAUCUUCAAGUUUGUAAACACAAUCCAAAUGUUGUAACUUCAUCGGCCGAGUCGGACGUGACGGAAGAACGACCAUUGUCUCAUUCAAUUUCAACACCAGCCUUACCUGAUGAGCUACAGCCAGCGGAACCACCAUCAGAGGGUUCAUCAGGGGACAGCAGCGUCAGGAAAAGAUCGAGGCCAGAAAAGGAUAAUGACUGGAGUGAGGAUUCAUUGCUGAGAGAAAUGAAAAAGAAGUUUAAGCGAAUGGCUCAAGAGGUCAAAGAGAAGGAAGAUGCAUAUCUGCAGGCUCGGGAGGGGUUGGAGUCUAUCCAAAAGACCAUCCAAGUCAUGGAGGACUCGCUCCGAAAGUCCUAG